AUGAUUUUGAUACAAGAAGUUGGAGCUGCGGGUCCGAUCAGACGAAUGCAAGCGCCUUCAUAUAUAAAUGUCGAACUAUUGGUAUUUCUAGCCCCUCAAGCUAAAGAGAUAUUUCUCCUUAACCCUCGAUUAGGUCAAAACUUGCCAUUGCACUUGAAAAAUGUAAUUUAA